GGGUGGGCGCUUGACAGCGGGGGAGGGGAAGGGAGCAGAGGAAGGGGGAUGGGAAGCGAAGCGGGAGGGGGAGGGGCCUCGGCGAGCCCAGAAAAACGACAACGCGAGAAAAAUUAGUAUUUUUGCACUUCACAAAUUAAUGACCAUGAGCUCGUUUUUGAUAAACUCCAACUACAUCGAGCCCAAGUUCCCUCCCUUCGAGGAGUACGCGCAGCACAGCGGCCCGGGCGGCGGAGACGGCGGCCCGGGCGGGGGUCCCGGCUACCAGCAGCCCCCAGCGCCCGCGGCCCAGCACCUGCCGCCGCAGCAGCCCCAGCUCCCCCACACGGGCGGCGGCCGUGAGCCCCCCGCCUCCUACUACGCGCCGCGGGCCGCCCGCGAGCCCUCCUACCCCGCGGCCGCGCUCUACCCCGCGCACGGUGCGGCCGACGCCGCCUACCCCUACGGCUACCGCGGCGGCGCUAGCCCCGGGCGGCCGCCGCAGUCCGAGCAGCCCCCGGCGCACGCCAAGGGUCCCGCGCACGGCCUGCACGCGACCCAUGUCCUGCCGCCCGGGCGGCAGCCCCCGCCGCCGCCGCCGCCGCCUCCCCCGCAGCAUCGCGCGGCGGCCCCCGCGCCCCCGCGGCGCUGCCAGGCGGCUCCUGCCACCCCGGGCGUCCCCGCAGGGGGCAGCGCCCCCGCGUGCCCGCUGCUCCUGGCCGACAAGAGCCCGGCGGGCCUGAAGGGCAAGGAGCCCGUGGUGUACCCCUGGAUGAAGAAGAUCCAUGUCAGCGCCGUCAACCCCAGUUAUAACGGAGGGGAGCCCAAGCGCUCCCGAACCGCCUACACCCGGCAGCAGGUCUUGGAGCUGGAGAAGGAGUUCCACUUUAACCGCUACCUGACCCGGCGGCGCCGCAUCGAGAUCGCCCACACGCUCUGCUUGUCCGAGCGCCAGGUCAAGAUCUGGUUUCAGAACCGGAGGAUGAAGUGGAAGAAAGAUCAUAAACUGCCCAACACUAAAAUGCGAUCCUCCAACUCAGCCUCAGCCUCAGCAGGCCCGCCAGGGAAACCACAAACUCAGAGCCCGCACCCGCACCCACACCCUCACCCCCAUCAGGGCGCCUCCACACCCAUUCCCUCCUCCAUUUAAUCCUCCAGGGCUCUAGACCAGUUCUUUCCCCCACCUGCUUUUCUCAUCUCUUCUGCCCCCUUCCCCAUCCACCCCUUCCCAUCUGGACCACACCAGACCCCAAACAAUACCCAACUUGGUGAAAAGGAUAAUAAAAAAGAAAGACAUUAUCCCAGUAAGAGUGUGAGCUGGGUUGCCACCCAGGAGAGGACAAUGGCCCAGAUGCUGGCUGGUGGAACAACCUGCUGGCCUGAACAAGGCUGCCAGGUUUGGGUACCUGAGAAGGACCACUUGGCAUCAAAUACUUUUGAGACAGGUACAGUCAGCGGCACAGCCCAUGCCGACUGGGGUCAUGUACAUGUAUAUUCCUGGCGAGCAGAAGAAAACAGACCCUUUUCCUGUCUUCUUACCUCCCCCUCCUUCAUUUUGGCAGCUCAUACAAGCUUGUAUUGAACUGAAUAAAUGAGUAGAUUGUUGUGGACCUCACAAGAUUAUUUAAUUCUCAAAAUGUAUAGACCUCGAUGGUAGAUGUGACCAUGUUAGCUUCCCUUCCUUUCAAUUUAUUUAAAAUAUUGUUGUGGAGAUACUGUUAUCUUAUUCUGAGACACAGUCUUGGGGGAGGGGAAGUGCAUUAUAGACCCAUGUGCAACUGUACAAAUUGUGGUGUGGCUCUGUAGAAAGCCAUGUGCUAAGAAUAAACUCUGUUUAAAAAAAACAUUAAAGUUCUAAGACAUA